CCCAUUCCCGGCCCUCCCAGCGCCUCCAGCCUCCUGCCCGGCACCUGACUUGCGGCCCACUCUAUGGCCCCCGAGAUGGACCAGUUCUACAGGUCCACCAUGGCUAUCUACAAGAGCAUCACGGACCAGUUUAACCCCGCCCUGGAGAACCUGGUGUACCUCGGGAACAACUACCUGAGGGCCUUCCAUGCUCUGUCCCAGGCGGCUGAGGUGUACUUCAACGCCAUCCAGAAGAUCGGGGAGCAGGCCCUGCAGAGCUCUACCUCGCAGAUUCUGGGGGAGAUCCUGGUGCAGAUGUCAGACACGCAGCGGCACUUGAACUCCGACCUGGAGGUGGUGGUGCAGACAUUCCACGGAGAUCUGCUACAGCACAUGGAGAAGAAUACCAAGCUGGACAUGCAGUUCAUCAAAGACAGCCGCCAGCACUAUGAGAGGGAGUACCACCACCGAGCCACCCACCUGGAGAAGUGCAUGUCCGAGCUGUGGCGCAUGGAACGCAAGAGGGACAAGAAUGUGCGGGAGAUGAAGGAGAGUGUGAACCGGCUACACGCACAGAUGCAAGCCUUCGUGUCUGAGAGUCAGCGGGCAGCUGAACUGGAAGAGAAGCGGCGCUAUCGUUUCCUGGCCGAGAAGCACCUGCUGCUUUCCAACACCUUCUUGCAGUUUUUUGGCCGGGCCCGGGGCGUGCUCCAGAACCGCGUGCUUCUGUGGAAGGAGCAGUCGGAGGCCAGUCGCAGCCCGUCGCGCGCCCACUCCCCGGGCCUGCUGGGCCCCGUGCUGGGGCCGCCCUACCCCUCGGGCCGCCUGACGCCCACCCGCCUGGACAUGCCCCCGAGGCCCCUGGCGGAGUUCAGCUCCCCCCGCAGCCGGCACGGCUCUGGCUCCUACGGCCCCGAGCCCGUCGAGGCGAGGUCCGCGUCGCAGCUGGAGCCCGAUCGCCGGUCGCUGCCCCGGACGCCGUCCGCCUCCUCGCUCUACGCCAGCGGCACCCAGCGCUCCCGCUCCAACUCCUUCGGCGAGCGCCCGGGCGGCGGGGGCAGGGGCGCCCGGAGGGUCCGCGCCCUCGUCUCGCACUCGGAGGGCGCCAACCACACGCUGCUGCGCUUCUCGGCGGGAGAUGUCGUGGAGGUGCUUGUGCCAGAGGCCCAGAACGGCUGGCUCUACGGCAAGCUGGAGGGCUCCUCCGCGAGCGGCUGGUUCCCCGAGGCCUAUGUGAAGCCCCUGGAGGAAGUGCCCGUGAGCCCCAUUAACCCCUUGAACCCGGUGACCUCCAUGAACCCGAUGAGCCCUAUGAAUGAGCUUCCUUCCAGAUCCUACCCACUCCGGGGCAGCCACAGCCUUGAUGACCUCCUGGACCGGCCGGGCAACUCUACAGCCCCCUCGGAGUACUGGGACGGCCAGUCCCGCUCCCGGACCCCAACCCACGUCCCCAGCCACGCCCCCAGCCCUGCACCCACACCCCUGCCUGACAGCCGCCGGAGCAGCAUGGGCAGCCCAGGGGUAGCCAGUGAUGUCAAGAAACUUAUGUCCUGGGAGCAGCACCCUCCAGAGCUCUUCCCUCGGGGCACGAACCCCUUCGCCACGGUAAAGCUGCGUCCCACGGUCACCAACGACCGCUCGGCGCCCCUCAUCCGCUGAGACGCCUUCCUCCGGCAGGGGGCUGAGGUCGUCCCCCCACACCUGCCCGGGGGCUGCCCAGAGCUGGUGGCAGCAGCAGCAGCAGCAGUGGACCCGAGAAGCUGGGGUCCUGAUCCUGGGGGUGGCUACCCCGCCCCAAACCGUGCCCGCAGCUUGAGCAGCUCCAAGAGGGCUGGCCUGGGGUCCGGGACCUUCAAAAUAAAGCAGGCAGAAUGGGGGGACAGGACCAUUUCUUCCUCUCCAAGGGCCCCAGGACUGUCCCUGGGGGCCUGCCGCGUGCACCCCAACCCCCUCCCCCUUCUCUGCCCCAGUAGGGAGGAGCCCCUGUGCACCUGCUUCCCCACCCCGCAUAUGUCAUCCUGUUUAACUUUUGUAAACGUGAGAAAUAAAGCAAGAGG